AAGACUUAUAAAAGCGGGGGAGGAGACCUGGGAUGGUUUGAGAAGAACUGACUUGUUUUUCACCCCCAUCUUCCUGCCCCUCCAUCAGGCCCACACCCGUCCCCCCACCUACACCUCGCAGGCAGCUCUAAACACUUUUGCCAUUAAUCUUCCUAAUGCCAGCUUCAAGCGAGCCGCUUUCCUUUUGGCCACAAAGUAGAUUCCAAGCUUGGGCCGAUAUCUUGUUCAUCUGAUAGUAGUGGUUUAGUGAGCACCUAAUGUCUAAGCCUUACAACGCAUUCACUUAUUCAAGAGAUAUUUAUCAAGUAUCUAGUGUGUCUCAGGCACCAGUCUGGGGUCUCAAAAUACAUCAGUGAACAUAACAAAGGUCUCUGUGCACAUAGCUUGGGAAGGGGAGAUGUGGUGGUAAUAAUAAGAAGUAACACAAUAUGUAUUAGCAGAUGUUAAAUUCCAUGGGAAUUUUUAAAAAAAACAGAGUGGGGGUGGGGUGCAGUAUUAAACAGGGUGACGGAAAUAGGCAACCAAGGAACAUCUGAGGAAGAGCAUUCCAGGCGAAGGCCGUAAAGCAAAAGCAUGCCUGGCAGGUUUGAAUUGUGAGGAGGACAGUGGGGCUGAAUCAACAUGGAAGAAGAGGGAAAGGAGGUCAGAGAUGUGAUGGGGAGAGAGCAAAUCACAAAGGACCUUGUAGGCUGUAGUAAGGAUUUCAUAUUUACUCUGUGGCACAUUGGGAGCCAGUCCAGGGUUUUUGAGCAGAGAAAUGACCCAAUCUGAUUUCUAUUUUGACAGAAUCACUCUGGCUGCUGGGUUGGGAAUAGAUGCGGGGAGCAAGGAUGGAAGCAGGAAGACCUUGUUCAGGAGGCUGUUGAGGUUCCCCACGGGGUAGAUGAUGGGUCUCCAUCUCUCCGCCCUGGGGCAUCUUCCUUCUGGGGAGGGGAGGAGGGGUUCCAGAAUGGCUGAGGAGAAGAAGCUGAAGCUGAGCAACACCGUGCUGCCCUCGGAGUCCAUGAAGGUGGUGGCCGAGUCCAUGGGCAUCGCUCAGAUUCAGGAGGAGACCUGCCAGCUGCUGACAGAUGAGGUCAGCUACCGCAUCAAGGAGAUUGCACAGGAUGCCUUGAAGUUCAUGCACAUGGGGAAGCGGCAGAAGCUCACCACCAGUGACAUUGACUAUGCACUGAAGCUGAAGAACGUCGAGCCACUGUAUGGCUUCCAUGCUCAGGAGUUCAUUCCCUUCCGUUUCGCCUCUGGUGGUGGCCGGGAGCUUUACUUCUAUGAAGAGAAGGAGGUUGAUCUGAGUGACAUCAUCAAUACACCUCUGCCCCGGGUGCCCCUGGACGUCUGCCUCAAAGCUCACUGGUUGAGCAUUGAAGGCUGCCAGCCAGCUAUUCCAGAGAAUCCACCCCCAGCUCCCAAAGAGCAGCAGAAGGCUGAGGCCACAGAGCCCCUGAAGUCAGCCAAGCCAGGUCAGGAGGAAGAUGGCCCCUUGAAAGGCAAAGGUCAAGGGGCCACUCCAGCUGAUGGCAAAGGGAAAGAGAAGAAGGCGCCACCCCUGCUGGAGGGGGCCCCUCUGCGCCUGAAGCCCCGAAGCAUCCACGAGCUGUCUGUGGAGCAGCAGCUGUACUACAAGGAGAUCACAGAAGCCUGUGUGGGCUCAUGUGAGGCCAAGAGAGCGGAGGCUCUGCAGAGCAUCGCCACAGACCCAGGGCUCUACCAGAUGCUGCCGCGCUUCAGCACCUUCAUCUCAGAGGGGGUGCGCGUGAACGUGGUGCAGAACAACCUGGCCCUGCUCAUCUACCUGAUGCGCAUGGUGAAGGCGCUGAUGGACAACCCUACUCUGUAUCUAGAGAAAUAUGUGCACGAGUUGAUCCCAGCUGUGAUGACCUGCAUCGUGAGCAGACAGCUGUGCCUGCGGCCAGAUGUGGACAAUCACUGGGCGCUCCGGGACUUUGCCGCCCGCCUGGUGGCCCAGAUCUGCAAGCAUUUCAGCACAACCACUAACAACAUCCAGUCCCGAAUCACCAAGACCUUCACCAAGAGCUGGGUGGAUGAGAAGACCCCGUGGACAACACGCUACGGCUCUAUCGCAGGCCUGGCAGAGCUGGGACACGACGUGAUUAAAACACUGAUUCUGCCGCGGCUGCAGCAGGAGGGGGAGCGGAUCCGCGGGGUCCUGGAUGGCCCUGUGCUGAGCAACAUCGACCGCAUCGGUGCUGACCACGUGCAGAGCCUCCUCCUGAAACACUGUGCCCCUGUUCUGGCAAAGCUGCGCCCACCACCUGACAAUCAGGAUGCCUAUCGGGCAGAAUUUGGGUCCCUCGGGCCCCUCCUCUGCUCCCAUGUGGUCAAGGCCCGGGCCCAGGCUGCUCUGCAGGCUCAGCAGGUCAACAGGACCACUCUGACCAUCACUCAGCCCCGGCCCACGCUGACCCUCUCACAGGCCCCCCAGCCUGGCCCUCGGACCCCUGGGUUGCUGAAGGUCCCCGGCUCCAUCACACUGCCCGUCCAGACACUGGUGUCUGCACGAGCUGCUGCCCCGCCUCAGCCUUCCCCUCCCCCAACCAAGUUCAUUGUCAUGUCAUCGUCUUCCAGUGCCUCAUCCACCCAACAGGUCCUGUCCCUCAGCACCUCGGCCCCUGGCUCAGGCUCCACCACUACCUCUCCUGUCACCACCACCGUCCCCAGCGUGCAGCCCAUCGUCAAGCUGGUCUCCACUGCCACAACCGCGCCCCCUAGCACUGCCCCUUCCGGUCCUGGCAGUGUCCAGAAGUACAUAGUGGUCUCUCUUCCCCCCGCGGGGGAGGGCAAAGGAGGACCCACCUCCCAUCCUUCUCCAGCCCCUGCCCCACCCUCAGCCCCCUCCCCACUUGGGGGCAGUGCCCUCUGCGGGGGAAAACCAGAAGCUGGGGAGAGUCCCCCUCCUGCACCAGGGACUCCAAAGGCUAAUGGCUCACAGCCCCCGGGAUCUGGCUCCCCUCCACCUGCGCCUUGAUGCUGUCACAUGUCUGCCGACCUUCUCUUCCCUGUAUAUCUGCCCCCUUCUCUCUCUCUCUCUUACACACACACACACACACACACACACACACACGCUGGGUGGAAGAAAGUAAUAGUCAGCUUCCCCCACGUCACCUUCUCUUUAGAUAUUGUACAGCCAGUUCCUCAGAAUAAAAGUUUGAUUUUUA